GUUACUAACAAAACUUUCCCGUAGGUCGAGCGCUUCUUCGCUCCUUCUCUUUCUCUGUGAAGAUAGACUGCUGUUUAUUGCUUUGCGUGUCAAGUGCGAGAUUGGAUCAAAAAUUGCGUAUGAAAGGAUUAUGAUCUAUCUAGUACAGUACGAUCGAUCAAGUCAUUCAGUAAAGUCUCUUAGCUAGGUCUUUAUUAAAUUAUAUUAGAGCGGGUAGUUGAUAUUGCUCCCAAUAAAAGCUUUCCUGUUUCCUUUGUGCAUCCUUCUUUUCCCAUGUCUUUCUUGGUUGGUAAACCCAACUGGCGAUUUCCGUCUUCCGGAGAGAAAAAGAAAGUCUCUCCUUUGGGGGAGCAGAGCUGUCUUUUAAUGAACAAAAUCAAAUGAAGGACUUUAUCCUUACAAUAUUGCGGGAACAUCCGCAUUUCGCCUAUAGUUUUUUUAUAACUGUAAGUCUUUUUAUGUUUUAUCUAAUUUAUACCAUCCAUGGUUUAGUAACUGGAAUUAGGAGGGAGUAUCUAGUGCAUUCCCUCUAUUUUCAUGAACGCUCCUCUAAGGAGGUUUUUGAGUUCAAUAAGAGGUGUAUUUACUUUUAUUUGAAUGCACCCCAUAAGUACCCAUAUCUAACGCUGUUUACCCUCUCCGUUGGUCAGAAUGGCCAAACGCUAAUGCCGGUUUUACUACAGAAUCCGGCCUACUCCCCUCCUCAGAAAAAUGAACCCCAAAAACAAGGGGAGGGGGAUUCAUUUGUUAAUUAAAUCGGUUGAUAUGGUUUCUAGGGUAAGGUAAGUUUUUAUGGAAUGACGACUCACGCUUUUUUAAUGAUCUUUUUUUCCGGUAUGCCGCUCCGCCAGCAAGGAGCGAAAGAACCAAGUGGUUUGUGGUAAUGUCAGAAUUUGCACCUAUUUGUAUCUAUUUAGUGAUCAGUCUGCUAGUUUCUUUGAUCUUACUCGGUCUUCCUUUUCCCUUUGCUUCCAAUAGUUCGACCUAUCCAGAAAAAUUGUCGGCCUACGAAUGUGGUUUCGAUCCUUUCGGUGAUGCCAGAAGUCGUUUCGAUAUACGAUUUUAUCUUGUUUCCAUUUUAUUUAUUAUUCCUGAUCCGGAAGUAACCUUUUCCUUUCCUUGGGCAGUACCUCCCAACAAGAUUGAUCCGUUUGGAUCUUGGUCUAUGAUGGCCUUUUUAUUGAUUUUGACGAUUGGAUCUCUCUAUGAAUGGAAAAGGGGUGCUUCGGAUCGGGAGUAAUCACUAGUGAUAGGGCAAAAAUAGGGAGGAAGGACAAAGGAAAGAGCGAUGCCUACAUUAAA